AUGCCAAACCAUUUCAAAAGUGGUCCUUUCUAUCAAAAGAGGCGCAGCCAGGCCUCCAUUUCUCCACUCACUAAGCUUCGAGACGCCAUGUGUGGAAUACUCGCGGUAUUUGGUUGUGUGGAUUGCUCUCAGGCUAAGAGGGCCAGAAUCAUUGAACUUUCUAGACGAUUGCGCCAUAGAGGUCCAGACUGGAGUGGGCUCCACAGUGAGCAAGACUGUUAUCUUGCUCAUCAACGGUUAGCAAUUGUUGAUCCUGCUUCUGGAGAUCAACCACUUUACAAUGAAGACAAGACGAUUAUUGUCACGGUUAAUGGGGAGAUAUACAACCAUAAAGCUUUAAGGGAGAAACUGACGUCUCACAAGUUCAACACUGGAAGUGACUGUGAAGUGAUUGCCCAUCUUUAUGAGGAAUAUGGAGAAGACUUUGUGCACAUGCUGGAUGGAAUGUUCUCUUUUGUGCUUCUGGACACUCGCGAUAAAAGUUACAUAGCAGCUAGGGAUGCUAUUGGGAUCACCCCACUCUACAUGGGCUGGGGCCUUGAUGGUUCCGUGUGGUUUGCUUCAGAAAUGAAAGCUUUGAGUGAUGACUGCGAACAGUUUAUGUCAUUUCUUCCUGGCCAUAUAUAUUCUAGCAAAGUUGGUGGGCUGAGAAGGUGGUAUAACCCCACAUGGUAUUCAGAACGCAUUCCUUCAACUCCAUAUGAUCCCCUGCUCCUACGUCAUGCCUUUGAAAAGGCUGUAGUUAAGAGGCUAAUGACGGAUGUGCCCUUUGGUGUACUUCUUUCUGGAGGUCUUGAUUCAUCUCUUGUUGCUGCUGUUGCUUCACGCCAUCUGGCUAACUCAGAAGCUUCCUGGCAGUGGGGAUCACAGUUGCAUACUUUUUGCAUUGGAUUGAAGGGUUCUCCUGAUUUGAGUGCUGCCAGAGAGGUAGCUGAUUAUCUUGGCACUCGCCACCAUGAGUUUUACUUUACUGUUCAGGAAGGAAUUGAUGCACUGGAAGAGGUGAUUUACCAUAUUGAAACGUAUGAUGUGACGACUAUUAGAGCCAGCACACCCAUGUUUCUCAUGUCCAGAAAAAUCAAGUCUUUGGGAGUAAAAAUGGUUCUUUCUGGAGAAGGCUCUGAUGAAAUCUUCGGUGGCUACUUGUAUUUCCACAAGGCACCUAACAAGGAGGAGUUCCAUGAGGAAACUUGCCGAAAGAUAAAGGCUCUUCAUUUGUUUGAUUGCUUGAGGGCAAACAAAUCAACUUCAGCAUGGGGUCUUGAAGCUCGUGUACCUUUUCUAGAUAAGGAAUUCAUUGAUGUUGCAAUGAGCAUUGACCCUAAGUGGAAGAUGAUUCAACGUGAUAUUGGGAGGAUUGAGAAGUGGGUCUUGCGCAAUGCAUUUGAUGAUGCCGAAAACCCUUAUCUGCCAAAGCACAUACUGUACAGACAAAAGGAACAAUUCAGUGAUGGAGUUGGAUACAGUUGGAUUGAUGGUUUGAAGGAUCAUGCAAACCAACAGGUUACUGAUUCAAUGCUAACAAAUGCAACUUUUGUUUAUCCCGAAAACACCCCUACGACAAAAGAAGGGUACUACUAUCGGACAAUCUUUGAAAAGUUCUUCCCAAAGAACGCAGCAAGAUUAACGGUUCCAGGUGGUCCAAGUGUGGCAUGCAGUACGGCUAAAGCGGUGGAGUGGGACGCGUCAUGGUCCAAAAAUCUUGACCCGUCUGGUCGAGCCGCUCUUGGGGUGCAUGAGGCCGCUUAUGCUAAUGAUGCAACCGAGACCAAGCUCAAGACCGAUGGUCUACUUAGUUAAUGCCUCCACAACAUUUAUUUAUCAUAUAAAUAUUUGGUUUUUAACCAUUUUUUGCUUCAUUUUGGGUUGGGAAACUGGUUGUGAAAUUUUCCUUUCUGUGGAUUUGAUUUGCUUUCUUCGACUCAUGUUUUGAU